AUGUUCCCCGACGAGCUCAAGGGCCUGACGCCGGUCGAAGAAAAGCUCAUCUCGCUGAACUCGUGUUAUGGCUUUGUGACGAGGUAUAGCAUUCCGGGCGGGCAGCGGCAGGCCGUGAGGUAUCCGAGACACGUCAAGGGCCACAUCACGGUGUUCCCAAACAACGUGCAGGAGCUGGCGAGAAAGGUGCUCCCGCACCCGCUCUUGCAAACAAUGGACGAGAUCCAUGUCUCGUGGCAGGGCGCGGAGAAGCCAGCACCGAGCGAUUUGUCGGGUCUCUUGUCGAGCGGGCCAUGGACGACGAUGGUCCGGCAGAGAUCGAGGAAGUCCUUGCUCGGCUCCGCCAGGGACAAGACGUAUCGGACAAGCCGAGUCGAGAAUUUGAGGGGCGGAGCGGACGGGGCUAAUGAUGCCGUGCCCGAAGACGGGGCCAAAAUGAUCAACGAGAUAACCUCUUCCGGCAUGUUUGCGUUGGACGGACCGCCGGGCGUGUCGGAUGCGGAGAAGGUCCGCUUUGCUUGCAAUGCCGUGGGCGGCGACGGGGCCGAGGACGACCGGCCGGGCCCGAGGGCAUGGAUAAGGUCGGCGGGGGCGGGUCGAGGGGGUAUGGAUGUCCGUGAGCCGUACAUUCACGUCGGUCGUGGAGAUGAAUUCGCCGACUCGCUGGACGCCUCGUUCUUCGCGAAGACCUUUCCCACCCUAUUGCCGUUCGGAUUCGGAGACGAGACGGCCGCGCGAGAUCUCCUGUCGUCUCGGAACAUGAGCCUUCGGACGUGGGCCGGCAUCGUGCUGCGGCGCCAUGGUGGCCGAUUCGCGACGCAUGCCAUCUUCUCGUUUCUCGUUUUCAACAUGGACGUGCGGUCGAGGAAUCGUCGUGUCAGCAUGCUCAGCGUGACGCGGAAGAACUUCCCCGAGGUAGAGCGCAUCGUACAGUCGCUGACCGCAGAUAGGUUGGCGGCGGCCAGGCUGGAGUUGGAGAGCCUGGGCAAGACCACCGAUGAUGGCGUGAAGGAGCUCCUAAGAUGCCUUUCGCUAUACGGCUACCGGCAGCCCAUGUCGAGGGAACUCCGUCUGAGCAUGCGACGCAAGAUCCAGUCACUCAUCUUGUGUCGUGGCGUGCCUGCAAUAUGGUUCACGCUCAACCCGAACGACAUCACGAACCCGGUGAAGCUGAGACUGGCGGCGUACCGCACACGUGAUCCUGAAGCGGCCGAGGCAUUUCUGAGAAGCCUCGACAUGGCAUUCAAACGUGCGCGGCUGGCCAUCUCGGACCCGUUGAGCUCGGCCGAAUUCUUCCACCGAGAGAUGACGUUGUUCUUCGAAAAUUACGUCAGAGUGGGCGAGGACUCGAUGCUUGUCGAUAUCCACGGCGAGGAUCAAGCGGCAUACCGAGAACGCAUCGUCAGAUACGUCGACAGCGUCUUUUCCGAGGAUCUCGACCAGGAAGGUUUCUGCGCAAUCCAGGCAGAGCGAUCGGGUGAUUUAUGCCGCUUCAAGGCGCCAUGGGGACUGGUCGACGAGACGGCCUUCACGGGAGACGGCGUGCUGCGGAUUCGGAGGUCGCACAGCAUGGUGAAUCGGUGGAACAAGGCGAUUGCCGUGGGGCUUCGCCACAACCAUGACAUAUCCUUCAUCGCCACACAGCGCAAGACCAUGGCCCUCGUCUUUUACGUCACUAACUAUGUGACCAAGGUAGAGGACCCCGUGUGGAAGCGCGUCGUCGCGGCCGCGGACCUCUUGCCUCCCAGAGCAGGCGACGAAAUGGCCGACGGCGCGGAGGUUCGUGGAGGCGAAGGUGCCGGGGACGAUGGCAGGCAAAAUAAGACACGAAAAUUCUUAAUGAAGGUGGCGAAUCGCGUGUUUACGGAGAGGCCGUUAUCUACCUGGGCGUUCCUGAACGUUUCGGUGCUCUACUGGCACGUCUUCCGACAAUGGCCGCACCUUCGACGAGAAAGCGGCGCAGCCACUGCAGAUGGUUCCGUGGACGAGUCAAUACUCGUCGAGGAAGCAGGCCAGAGGAUUUGCCGCGUCGAGGCAUAUCGUCACCGGGGAGAUGUCCUUCGAGGGCUAUGUCUCUACGAUUACAUUUCGCUAGUCAGGCUGAAGCGCAACGACGGGGACGAGAGGCCCGCCGCCUGGGGCGAGGUCCCGCUUGAGAGCGGCUGGGCUCCAGGAAGCAGUUGGGUGCAGGUGCUCAGGCGACCGGGCAAGCAGGCCAUGGUCUGCCUCGACGGGUAUUUGAGCAAGGAUUUCGACGAAGACGACGAAGGAUCAUGCUACCGAAGAGCGGCUGUGCAGCAUCUUGCGCUGUUCGUGCCUUGGGAGCUCUUCUUAGGGGAAGAAAGCGGCGACAUCAACCGCAUAUGGGGGAGGGAACGAGCAGCUCUGGUCCCGAGGAUAUCAUGUUACGUCGAUAACGUGCAGUUGCUGCGACGGUCGGCCGAAGAUGCAAAGCGGGACGCCAAGCAGUGGGCAGCCUCAUCCGGUGACGGCGACUCCACGGCAGUCUAUCUAGACGAGGAUGGCACCGCGGAGGCGGGUGUCGAGCCCGGAUCGGUAUACCAGGCCGACAAGCUCAUAGCGAUAAUGCAGGAGCUCAGCCGCUUCCAGCAACUGGCGUUUUCGUCGUCUUCCGAGUUCCAGGCCGCAAUACUAUCCGAACGGGGCCCGAGACGAAUCAACAUCCCGGGGCGGGCAUCCUCCGGAGCCACCAUACCGCCGCAGAGUCAGGUUAGGGCCAUAAAGUCGCAGCAAACCUGUGCGUCCAGGAGAGGAGAAGAUGAUCCGGGAAUACAAAGCGUGCCCCCGGCAGAGGUGACUGAUCGUCGGGCGGCGGUGCGCAGCGUGCUCACGGGUUUCGGGGAUGACGAUAUCCUGAUGACGGCGGCGGACCUCGAGGAAACGGUAGAGGCCAGCGCGGGAAUGGAGAUCCGGCUCGGCGCCUCAACCUCCUUUAUCGAGGCGGGUAAGGCCCUGGUAGCGAGGUUCACGCUGAACAAGAAGCAGGCGAUUGCCUUCCUAAUCAUAUGCCGUCAGCUUGACCUCAUACGGCGCGGGGAGAAAGGCAACGGGUGUCAGCUAUGCCAAUUCGUCGGCGGAGAGGGCGGAACGGGCAAGUCGCGAGUCAUCGAGGCGCUCGUCGAACUCUUCGCGUCCAAGGAUCAAUCGAAUCGCGUGAUAAUAACGGCGACGUCAGGGACGGCAGCAGCACGGAUCAAUGGCAUCACGAUCCACCCGGAUCUCGACGGGUUGCGAAUGCCGAACCAGGCGGAGCGGUUCGUCCACGGGCAAUCCCGGAUGGACUGGCAGGAGAAGGACGUGCUUGUCGUCGACGAGGUUAGCAUGCUCGGUGCGCGGACGCUCCACGCGGUCAACGAGCAGCUCUGCCGGCUGCGCGGGUCGAACAAGGAUUUUGGAGGGAUCCCCAUUGUCCUCUUCUGCGGAGACUUCCACCAGUUCCGCCCGGUCCAAGAGCGGUCGAUCCUCCUCCCCAGCACGGCCGUCUCGUGGGACAUGGACAACUCUUUCAAGGCCGAGCAACGGCACCAGCACGACAAGGCGCACGCGCUGUGGAAGAGGUUCACGACCGUCGUCAUGCUCGACGAGCAAGUGCGCGCCGCUGGCGACCCAGAGCUGCAGAGGCUGUUAAAGCGAAUCCGACUGGGCGCGCAGGACCGCACGGAUCUGGACCUCCUCAACUCAAGAUGCUACCAGGAAGGUAGGCGGAUCCCGUGGGCAUCAGGCAUCACUGUGGUGACGCCGCUGAAUAGGAACCGGUGGAACCUCAACAUGGAGGCCAGCUUGGCGUUCCAGAUCCAGCACCGGUCGACGCUGCGCAUCUUCAUAUCCGGCCAUAAAUGGAAGGAGGGCUUGCCGACGGAGGAGGAGGCCAUCAUGAUGCUGAACCAGGGCGACGAUAGCGCAAUACCGGUGCCGGCCGUCUUCAUGUUCGUGCCGGGGAUGCCGGUCGUCGUGAACCACAACACCCAUCAGGGGCUAAAGCUGGUGAACGACAUGACGGUCCAUUUCGGGCCGCCGGCGGGGAUAAUGCUGGAGUCCGAGACAACGAAAGACAUUCACUCCAACGACGUCAGCCGAAAGGGUCUGCCCUGA